UCCUAAUUUGGUCCGACAAAAUCAGUAGAAGUAUGAGAAAGGCUAAUGGAUGUUUUUUUUCUCAAACUACGCUAUACGGAGGCGGAGAUUUCAGUUUUAAAUUUACGAGACAGAUGAGAAGCUCAAUUAUGUUUAUUUUUUAGGCUGCAGCAGCAACUAAAAAUAACUGCACCUCGUGAUCCUUUAAUACAUAUUAAUUGGUAUAACAGUGAGACAGUAAAUUCCUUUAUUUCUGCCUUUUAAUAUGAAAGUACGCCUGCCGCUUCUGUCCAGCAUUUAUGACUUUGCUACCGUUGUUUCAUUUUUAUCUUGUGAGCUCUAAUAAAGUGAAUAUCUUCGUGCAAGAUUUGCAGAAAGAAAGCGAGGAAGGAAGCGUUUGGUCCGGGCAUAAAUUUCUAAUCAUGCCUAUUAUAUCAUGAAGGGGAAAACGGACUUCUUCUUGUUUUCAUUAAGAUUUACCCAAACGAAACCAAGACGGAAUCGACAACACACUUUAAGAACUUGAACCAGAUGAACAAAAGUAAAACUAUGAGGCACUUCCUGAAAUUUAUGAUAUGUCUUUUGAUCAGCAUACUGUUGGGUAUCUUCUUAUAUUGUUGUGUGGAUAAUAAAUAUAUUAUUAUAAAGAAAAACUUAUCAUCCGCUAUUCCAAUACAGAGAGACUCUCAAAUCCUUAAUGAUGGAAAAUAUGUUUACUUAUUGGAUUUUGAAAAGUACAGAGAGGAGUUUCCCCACCUACAAGAUUACAAGUGUAAGAUGAUAUCGGAACCAAAGCAACUGUGUGGCAGAACUAAAAGUUCUAUGACACUUAUCUUAGCAAUUAAAAGCCAUCCAGAUUCCUUUGAUCGCCGGCAUGCAUUGAGACAGACAUGGGCACAGCCUCAAGUAAUUGACAACUUUCAUAUUAAACCAACAUUCCUCAUGGCUACCAUUGAAAACAAGACAAAGAUGGCAAUGGUAGAAAUAGAAGUGUCUCAGUACCAGGACAUUUUGCAGUGGGAUUUUACAGAAAGCCAUACAAAUCUGUCUUUAAAAGAAUAUUGUUUUCUUGAGUGGAUGAUGUAUAAUUGUGUGGUAGAAUUUGUCUUUAAGGGUGAUGAUGAUGAAUUUGUUUAUCCUCCUGCUAUUGUAAAGUAUUUGAAGAGAACUCCAGAUGUCACCAGUUACAUCCAUGGAAAUCUCCGUGUCCAUACUGAAGUGUUGCGCGGUGGAAAAUAUAAAAUAAGCCAUCACUUGUACUCUAUGAAUGUCCUGCCGACAUUUGUAUCAGGUGCUGGGUUCAUCAUUCCAGGCAUAUUAAUUCCACCUCUCUAUCGUGCUGCCACAGUUCUGCCUGUCUUUCCUCUAGACGAUGUCUAUUUUGGAUUUCUGGCCAUUAAAGCCAAUGUAACUUUGAAGCAUGGACAUGGGUUCUAUUGUUGGGGUGUAAGGUUUGAUGCUUGUAAAUAUCAAAAUGCAUUGAUUAUACACAGUGUAAUUGAAAACGAUGUAAACGGAAUGUCACCAAAGACCCUCUUGGAUGUAUGGGGGAAAGUGAUUAAGCAAAAAAAUUGUAUAGAAGUUUGAACACAUUUUUGAGGAGGCACAUAUCGUUUUUUAUAUGAAAAAUACCAUUUUUAAUUUAAAUUGUUAGUAUACUGCUAAGUGAUAUAUUUUUAUAUCUCUUUUUUUAUGAAAUGUGAAAAGAAAAUAUGAAGUCUGUCCAUCCACCCAACACAUUUAUUUUUAAAUGGUUAUUCGCAUCCCUUUAAGAUACUUAUUUUAUUUUCCAACAAAAGUAUAAUACAUAUUUCUUGAUAUUGUUUUA